AUGACAAUGAAGCUGAAGCUGAAGCUUCUAGAGCUGAAGUCAGCUUCUAGAGCUGAAGCUGAAGUUGAGGUUGUUAAUGAAAUCCUAACUUCCUGUGAAGCUCCUGCAACUGAGGAUGUUGAUGCCGUCCGAGUUGACGCUGAAGCUCGCGAUGAUUACCUUCCCAUCAACUAUACAACUGAUGCUAGUGAUGUGGAAGAAUAUGAUGAAGAGGAUGAUAAAGAAGACGGUGUGUCUCCCGACCUUCCUGACUUUGGCAGUGACCUGGACGAUGAUGAUAAUGAAGACGACGAUGAAGACGACUUCACUAUUCAGUACCAGAGACCUGCUGGUGCCACAAAAUGUCACCCUCAAGGAUUCCACGUCCCAGGGAGAGCAAAGGGAAAAUGA